AGCUGCCUCCACAGCACAGAGCUGGUCUGGCACAGGCCUGGACGCUGCUCAUGGAGUCGAACUGGGUCAUUGGUUAUUAGAUGAGACCUUAGAGUUCAGUUAAGGCUGCUGCUCGGCCUCUACCCCAAAGAAGUCGUUGGAGAGACAAAUAAAGACGUUUAUCCCAGCGGGUAAAAAGUUAUAAAUACCCCAAAUAGUCUUCCUUGACUACCUUAUUUAAAAUAGCAACCCCCACCACGCAUACACUUCCUGUUUCCCUUUUCUUCCUUAUUUUAACGUUAAUCUUUCUGCAUACUUUGUAUUUAACUUAUGUUUUGCCUGUGUCCCUCUACUGGACUGGGUCUCUUUGGUUAGUGCUCUAGUCUUGUACCCAGAACAGUGUCGUAGACACUCAAUGAGUAUUUGUUAAAUGAAUUAAUCAGUGUUCACCAUUACAUUCAUAAGGUACAGUGUGGUAUAGUUAGAAAAUGUACCAUAAUGUUGAACACCGGUUCAUUUUUACUGGUAUGGGUAAAUGAUAAAAAUCGUAAGUGAAAAAAAAUCAGGUUUCAAAAGUAUAUAUAGAGCAGGGUCCUAAUUACCUAAAUCUAUUUUUCCAGAAAGAAAUAUACUAAAUUAUUAACAUUUAUCUCUGGGUUGUGACAUUAUGGAUAAAUCUGUUUCUUAUUUAUAUCAUUUCAUGUUUCCUGAACUUUUCUAUUUUCUACAUGGAGAAAGUAUAACCCAGAAUAACACGAAGAUGUACGACAGGGCAAUCAGUGCCCCUACCAGUCCCACGCGCCUGGGCCACUCGGGGAAAAGGAGCUGGGAAGAACCUAACUGGAUGGGCUCCCCCCGACUGCUGAACAGGGACAUGAAGACAGGCCUGAGCCGGUCCCUGCAGACCCUUCCCACAGACUCCUCGGCCUUUGACACAGAUACAUUCUGCCCACCCCAGCCCAAGCCACUGGCCAGGAAGGGCCAGGUGGACUUGAAGAAGUCACGGCUCCGCAUGUCCCUGCAGGAGAAACUCCUUUCUUACUACCGGAACCGGGCUGCCAUCCCUGCUGCUGAGCAGGCUCGGGCCAAGCAAGCUGCCGUGGACAUAUGUGCUGAGCUCCGGGGCUUCCUGCGGGCCAAGCUGCCUGACAUGCCGCUUCGGGACAUGUACCUGAGUGGCAGCCUCUAUGACGACCUGCAGGUGGUGACAGCCGACCACAUCCAACUCAUCGUGCCCCUCGUUCUGGAGCAGAACCUGUGGUCGUGCAUCCCUGGUGAGGACACCAUCAUGAACGUCCCCGGCUUCUUCCUGGUUCGCCGCGAGAACCCAGAGUACUUUCCUCGUGGCAGCAGUUACUGGGACCGCUGUGUAGUAGGCGGCUACCUCUCCCCAAAGGCAGUGGCAGACACAUUCGAGAAGGUAGUGGCUGGCUCCAUCAAUUGGCCGGCCAUAGGGUCUCUCUUGGACUAUGUGAUCCGCCCGGCACCCCCCCCAGAGGCCUUGACUCUGGAAGUGCAAUAUGAGCGUGACAAACAUCUUGUCAUUGACUUCUUGCCAUCAGUGACUCUCGGUGACACUGUCUUGGUGGCCAGACCACACCGGCUAGCCCAGUAUGACAACCUGUGGCGGCUGAGCCUGCGUCCUGCUGAGACGGCGCGCCUGUGGGCUUUGGACCAGGCCGACUCGGGCUGCCGAUCUCUGUGCCUCAAGAUCCUCAAGGCCAUAUGCAAGUCCACUCCAGCUCUGGGCCACCUCACUGCCAGCCAGCUCACGAAUGUCAUCCUCCACUUGGCCCAGGAGGAGGCUGACUGGUCUCCAGACAUGCUGGCCGAUCGGUUCCUGCAGGCCUUGAGGGGACUCAUCAGGUACCUAGAGGCCGGAGUCCUGCCCAGCGCCCUAAACCCCAAGGUGAACUUAUUUGCUGAGCUCACCCCUGAAGAAAUAGACGAAUUGGGAUACACUCUCUAUUGCUCAUUGUCUGAGCCAGAGGUGCUGCUGCAGACGUAGGGCAGGUGAGGGCCAAAGGGGUGCUGGGCAGUCAGGCCCUGGAUUCUCUGUUAGAAACACGGCUCUAGAGAUGGUGCCUCACAGGGUCCCUAGGUGCCUCCCGUCUUGCUGUCCAUCGCCCUGGUCACUUCACGCUGAUUAGAAUGACAUCUCUUAAAUCUCCUAUUUUCUCUAACCCAACCCUUUCUAUUUUUGUUACCAAACACUGUGCUCCCUCCUCCUCCUCUACCCCUCGCUCCAUGCUAAUUUUGCUGGAAUGAAUUGACCAGGUGGAGCACUGGCCUGAGCUGUUGAAACCACUUGGUGUUUUGCAUGUGGCCCAGGUCUUCUGCUCCUGUCUGUCCCGCCUCGCCCUUUGGCCUGCUUCUCUUCCGUGUCUUCUCUACCGUUUCCUCUUGUUCAUGCCUUUUUUGUUCCCUUCCCUGGAGCACACCUGCCUAAUCAAGAUGUUGCCUUUAGUUGAAUAUCACUGACCUUACUGCAUGUUUCCCAGCUGACCUCUGCAGAGCGCUCAGACAGUAUUUAGGGUUUCUGGGGGUACAGUGACCUUCGAUUCAGGUUCCUGGAAAAGCAGCCCAUUCCCCCAACCUCCUGACCAACUCCUAGCCAUAGUGCUGAGAGGUCUCAUGGGAACACGGUCAUUGACCCACACAGAGUGGGGGCUCAAGAUAAACCGAUGCAAUGUUAUUUGGAGAGUGGUUUUUAGUGGCCACCAGUGAGCGUGCAGAAUGGGGGAACCGGAGGUGGCCUGGGGGAGGACCUGUGUACUUGGCAUCUCCAGCUCAUGUGGCUGGUCCAGGCCACACCACCCGUGUGCAGGAGGCUGAGGAAGACGAGGAGGGAGGGGGCUGCAAAGGCAGCACCUCUGCAUGAGCGCCUUCGUUCACCCCUCCUUCCUCCUCGUCCUGUAGGGUGAGGCCUUCAGGGACAGCCUUAGCCCUAGAGGCUGAAGGGAGGUGGACAGGCAGCAGGGUCUCAGCUGGAAGAGCCAGUCCUCAGUGACCGCGUUUCUCCCCAUCAGGCCUGCCUUUCUAGGAUGUUGUCUUAGAGCAGGAACAGUCCUAACAGUCCGCCACAGUAAUGUGAGAGGGCUGUUUGCGGAACUCUCCAGGAACCUCCAGGGGCCAAAGGGCACCCAAACAUGCUCAGACCUCUCCCCUACCCCCCACCCCAUCCAGUUCUGUCUCUCUCUCACCCAGCACCUGGGGAGAUUGGUGCUACCUAGGAAGAGUGCACACGGAUAAAACACACGAAGGAGGUGGGGACUUCCUACGCUCCUAGUUUCCCGCUGCUACAAUUGCACUAUUUAUUGCAAUGUAAGAAGCACCCUGAGGGUGGGGAGGAGUGUUUAAUACACAAUGCCAGUGCAU